GAACUGUCGCACCAUGUAAGCCGAAUGACAAGUAACCAUGCUCCACCGAUGAUCAAAUGGCCUACAUUGCCUAGUUAGUUGUUCUAGAUUCGCGUUAGAAGAGGAUUUGUCCAAUUCUCUUUGUAGAGCUUGUGAAACAUUUCGUUUUGGGCCGAAUGCGUUUACAUUUGGGCUAGAUAUCCCGACAAAAGAAAGUACCAUACUCUCUUCCAUGGAAAUCCCAAAUACAUUCCUUUGCUUUUAGUAUUGAAUUGAGUUCUUCUCAAAACAACAUAUUAAACCCCCAACAUGAAAUCCAGAUAAGAAAAGUAACCUAAAUCACAUCCUCGCCCACCUUCUUCAUUAUUAAAUUAUUAUUGUUAUUAUUAACAUAUAUUUUUUUACAUACUUUUUAAAAUCUUUUUUAUUUAUUAUUUAUUAAUAUAAUCUAGUUUCAUCGUUAUCUCAUUUCCCUGUUGCGUGCUCUGUUUUUAUGGGAAAGUCACUUCCAUCUACGACCAGACUCCAAGAAUUCACGAGAGUAAUCUCAUCAGACAAGCUCCAAAAGUCAAAGCGUGCAAAACCCAUAUCUCAAAUCCGAGUUUCUUCGCCCGGAACAGUCAAAUCGGACAGUUUCCGAGUUGACUCGGAUCAGCAAAAGUCAAGGAGGAUGGAGAGCUCCGAGGGUCAGAGCCGUAGUGGCCAGACUCAGACUCAGCCGCUGUCUCUGGUGGUGGCCGAUUGUGUUAAGCGAUGGUUUCAGGACACGCUCAAGGAAGCCAAGACUGGUGAUACCGCUAUGCAGGUCUUGGUGGGCCAAAUGUAUUUCAACGGCUAUGGUGUUGCUAAAGAUCCUCAAAAGGGACGUUCUUGGAUCGGUAGAGCAUCAAAAACUCGAUCUUCUGUUUGGAAAGUAGGUGAUAAACACCCAGGUAUUCUCUAUCUCAGCACCCAAGUCUUUGUUUCUUUGGUUGAAUCACUGUUAUGGUUUUGCAUAUUAUAAUCUUGGUGCUUUAUUGUUCAUUAGGCUACAAUGCAAGUGAUUCAGAUUCUGAUGAUCCGAACGAUGAUUCUAAAAAUGUCAAAUAGGUUUCAUAUUGGAUCCUUUUCUCCCAGUAAAUUGUUAAUGAGGAUAUGGCCAUUAUCUCAACCAAAAGAUCUGAAGCAAAUGUAGUAUUACACAGAUAAGGAGACAUCAAAAUGAAAAAGACAGCUGAAUAGUUUUGUGGAGUAUUUUUUUCUUUUUUUCUUUUCUAAUUGGGUUCUGUUAUGAGGCAUUCUUGUAAUAUUGUACUGCUGUUUAUCUCUGACUUAAAAGUUCAUGUUUGGACUUAAGAGGGUCCCCUCUUUUCUUAGUCGUAAGUAGCUGAAUAUUCCACAAGAUAAGUGAAUGCUAUAAGCAUCUCAUUGAGAUUUUCUUCAGAGAUGGUCAUAUCAUAGAGCUUUUUCUUUUGAGUUUAGGUAUGCUCUUUUGCUUCUGCAAGGAGUCUUGUAUGUUUCGCUGAAGACUGAAACAUAUUGCUCACCUUUUUUUUUUCUUUUUUGAAUAAUUAUUUCUCUAAGAAAAUUGCUUACAGAUUCUUGAACUA